AUGCCAUUAAAAGCAUUUUUAUUGAACGAAAUUUUCGGUCGAAAAUGUCGUCUCAAUGGUGUUUGGCCUUCAAAUCGUCUACCAAACAAAUCACAUUUACGUCAAUCAUUUAGUGAUCGUGUUGUUUACAGUCCGGAAGAACUUCCUCCGAAAACUGAUCUUCGAAAUGACAUGACAUCAGUAGAGAAUCAAUCAACUAAUGCUUUAGCAGGUGCAUAUGAAUAUUUGACUAAAAAGAAACAUGGUGAACAGAUUGAUGUCAGUCGACUUUUUAUUUAUUACAAUGGACGUGCAAAAGAAAAUUCAUCGGGAUCAGUAACAGAUUCCGGAUGUUCAAUGACAAGUGCUAUUGAAGCUCUUGAAGAAUUUGGUACUUGUGUUGAAUCUAUAUGGCCAUAUGAUGUAUCAAGAGUAAACACACGACCGAAUAACCAAGCAUAUCAAGAAGCAAAACCUCAUACAAUUUCUGAAGCACUUCAAGUCAAAAUUGAUUUAUACGAAAUGAAAUCAUGUCUUGCACAAGGUUUUCCUUUUGUAUUUGGACUUCGUCUUUUCACAUCAUUUGAUAAAGCAGCAACAGGAGGCGUUGUACCUAUGCCAAGUUCAAGCGAUCGCUCUCGUCAAUCUGAUGGCAGUCAUGCACUUGUUGCCGUUGGUUAUAGUGAUCAAUCACAAUCAUUUAUUGUUAGAAAUUCUUGGGGAGAAGAUUGGGGUGAUAGAGGAUAUUGUUACAUUCCAUACGAUUAUCUAUCAGAUCCCGAUCUUUGUUUUGAUUCAUGGACAAUUCGUAAAGUAUCCGGUGACGAUAUUGGUCAAGAUCAUUGGGAUUAUAAUGAUGAUACCGAUUAUCAAAGUAAUGCUGAUAAUUAUGGUGAUGAUGAUUCGAAUAGUACGAUUCAACAUUUCGAUGAAGACGAUUUUGGUGGAAUGAACUUUGGUGGUGGUGGUGCUGAUGGUGGGUUUAAUAGAGGAAGAAAUGAUCAACAGUGGAAUCAACCUGAUAAUUUCGGUUUUAAUGAUCAACAAUGGAACCAAGGUGACAACAAUUUUGGUUUCAAUGAUCGGGGAAAUGAUGGUCAAGGUUGGAAUCAAAAUGAUAAUUCUGGUUAUAAUGAUCGAGGAAAUUAUGAUCAACAAUGGAAUCAAGAUAAUCAAUCUGGUUCUCAUCAUAAACACCAUGGUCAUCAUCAUCACAAACACUAA